AUGUUUUCAGGAAUCAACACACAAUUUGGAAAUACAAAUAGAUUAUUAGAAAAAGAAAACUCUGGUCAAUUAAGCACUCUAUCACUAAAGAAUACCACCAAUGGUGGCUCAUCAGCACCACUACAACCAUCAGCACUUAAACAAAAAUUAUAUGGUAACUCUGCUCCAUUGGGAACUGAAAGAAAAGCAUUAGGUGAAAUUACUAAUACUGCAAAACCAAAUUCGCUUGCAAAUAAAAAGCUAUUAACAACCUCAAGCACUGGUGAAACCAAGUUAUUAUUUGUACCAACAUCACUUAAUCCCCAAAUUAGAAAAAAAGCUAAAAGUACAAUAAAGCCAAUUAUUAAUCAAUCAAUUAUUUCAAAAGCUAAAAAAGCUCCAGUACCAUUAUCACCACAACAACCACUUCACGAUAAUAAUACAGUAUAUUCAGCACCACCAGCCCCACUAAGAUUAUCAUCAAAACUUACAAAUGAAUCAAUAGAAAGUUUGAUUAUGACACCAUCUUAUGAUAUCCCAAUCACUGGCUACACUGAGUCAUAUGAAGAAAAUAUCUAUAAAUUUGACCAAUCUGAAUAUCAGGCAACUGAUGAUCAUUCAUUAAUGAUCGAGGAUAAUUUUUCAUUUAGCGAUUACUAUCAAGAUAUUGUACUUUAA